UAAGCCGGGGCGGGUGCUGCAGAUCAGAGGAUCCCUAAACCACGUACGGCGCUGCUGGGCGCUGGAGCCGCAGUUACCCGGCGCCUCUCCGUCUUUUCCCAGGCACUGUGUGACUUUCCUCUUACCGGCUUUGCGAAUACGGACGGGUUGUUUUUAAAAAACGUAGGUUAACGCAAAAACAUAAAUAUAUAUGACUGUGGCUGUAAUGUCAGGAUUGUCGGGCUGACGAUCGGAAGCGCUCCGGCGUGUAAAUACGGCUCCUUGGGACAAAGGACUGACAUCCUGGUGCUGGGGAAUGGUCAUCGUUAGCCUCGCGGCUAGCAGGCGAACUGGGAGCACCGGACAAGGGGAUCGGGGAGCGGAGACAGUCCAGCGUGCAGCCGUGGGGCCGAGAGAGAGCGGACGGCCGCCGAUUGAUGCCGCCGGCAGCGGGUAGUUUACCAGCCAAGAAACUGAUCUCAGCAAAACAUCCAAACCAGCAUUAAUAAUAUUCAAUAAUGGGUGUUAUAUUUGCCAAACUCUGGAGUUUUUUCUGCAAUCAAGAACACAAGGUGAUCAUCGUGGGCCUGGACAAUGCUGGGAAGACCACCAUACUGUACCAGUUCUUGAUGAACGAGGUUGUUCACACGUCGCCCACGAUAGGAAGCAACGUGGAGGAGAUCGUGGUGAAGAACACCCACUUCCUGAUGUGGGACAUCGGGGGCCAGGAGUCUCUGAGGUCUUCCUGGAACACGUACUACUCCAACACUGAGUUCGUCAUCCUGGUGGUAGACAGCACCGACAGGGAGCGCCUUGCCAUCUCCAAGGAAGAGCUGCAUAGGAUGCUGGCCCAUGAGGACCUCCGCAAAGCCGCCGUGCUGAUCUUCGCCAACAAGCAGGACGUGAAGGACUGCAUGAGCGCUGCUGAGAUUUCCAGGUCCCUCACCCUCAGCUCCAUCAAGGACCACCCCUGGCACAUCCAGUCUUGCUGCGCGCUCACGGGAGAGGGGUACGUGUCGCAGAGCGCCGCCCUGGUGGCCACCGUCAUUACUGCGGGCUUUACACCAAGCUUCUCCAGAAGUUGCACACAGAUAUAAAUUGCUUACAGAUAAAAAGGUAAACAGCAUCUAUAAUCGUACUCGUCAAGUUAAGCCCUUGCACAGGAAUACUGGUCAAUUUUAUACUGGGACCUGUGACCUGCCCAGCUCUCAUACAACUUUCAUCAAGCAUAAAAAUUAAGAGAAGAUCUAUGUUCCAUUUCUAGAUACAUAGGAAUUCUUUAUUUUUCACAUACCCCAAGUUUAGGGGUCAGAGCUCAGGGUCAGUCAGCAUUCUGCACCUCUGAAGCAACUGGGGCUCAUGGGCCUAACAGUGAUGAGAGAACUUUGCAGUGGGAUUCAAACGCAAAACAUUCUGGAUGCAGGCACAGACCCCUAUCAUGCUGAGCUACACCCUGAGCUCCAGUUGAAUGAGUAAUCCCAAUGAAUUGAU